UCUGAUCAUGUGACAGCUCCAUAAGUUGCGACACGCAUCGUUGUUUUGAAGGAGAAUGACUUCAACCCGUGCAAUGCAGCUGGUGGUGUUUCUGUUUUGUUUAGUUGUUUCUUGCAACUUCUAUCGAAUACCUCCACACGAAGAAGUUGCAAGAGUGGCACGAUUCGUCGCAAACCAGUGCAACUGGGCUUCAAUGGCUACCAUAUCAACCCACGAACCUGUGAAAGGACAACCGUUCUCCAACGCAUUUUCGAUGAGUGACGGCCCGGUCGGUUUUGGGACAGGGGUGCCUUACAUGUACCUCACCCAUAUGGAAAUUUCCGUACAGGAUUUGGAGGUCAACCCCCAGGCUUCUCUCUCCAUGUCCCUGGCCCAGACAGACUUCUGUAAGAACCAGGGCUAUGAUCCCCAAAGCCCUCUGUGCGCACACAUCAUUCUCUCUGGCUCUGUGGUGGAGGUCAACGGAACAGAGGGAGUGUUUGCCAAGAAAGCCCUCUUUAGUCGUCACCCAGAGAUGGUAGACUGGCCAACUGACCACAACUGGUUCUUUGCCAAGAUGAACAUCACCAAAGUGUGGGUGCUGGACUACUUUGGAGGGGUGAAGACAGUCACCCCAGAUGAAUACUUUAAGGCCACCCCCUACAAGAAGCACUGAGAGGACUCGAUCUUUGACAUUGCUGACUGCAAACAAUAAAUCCCAAGUUGUAUUCAAAUGAAUUCGGUAAAGGGGGCUGCUGAUUGGAGGAUGAACUGAAAGCAGAAAGCCCUGGCAUGUGGAAACCCUAUAUGUGCCAAUAGACAAAUAAUAGCCACUUUUUUGUAAAUUGAUAAAAAGGUAUUGGUGUGUGAUACAAGAUAUCACACAGUAGGUAAUUGAUUGCUGAGUGAUGAUGAUUUUAUUCACAGCUGUUUCUUUAAAAAUUGGUUUGAGAUGGUAGUUAGGCACACUAAAAGGAUUCCACAAUGCCCACUGAACACUUUAUAUUGGGCAAAGUUGGAUUUUACUUGUGUAUGUUGGAUUUGCGUGUAUUUAUAACUGCAUUGCACUUUAACAAAUCAUCUGCGUUUUGCAUAACAAUCAACAAUCUGAUCAGUGAUUACUGAAAGUUUCAAAUAUAUCAACACAAUUUACCAUUGUGUUGACAUAUUUCUUUCCUUUCUUUUUAAUCAGGCAAACAAACAACUUACUAUCUCCAAAUCCCAUGGGUUAAUAUGCAAUUUCUACAGUUUUG